UCUUUGAUAGUGGAUCGAUCAUGUGGCAUUGGUUGACAUUCUUGAGUUUCCUACAUUUUCUAAGCCUGGUUGCAGCUCAGACUGAUCCUCUUGUGGUGGAGCUACCCAAUGGGAGAAUACAAGGUCGUGAUAACGGAGGGUAUUACAGCUACGAGUCAAUACCCUAUGCGGAACCUCCUGUAGGGGAGUUGCGCUUCGAGGCACCUCGACCAUACAGUCAGCAAUGGAAGCACGUAUUUGAUGCCACUCAACCUCCAGAACUCUGCCUACAGUGGUCCAUUUUGGUAGAUGAGGAUAAUAAACUGAUGGGCAAAGAGGAUUGUCUGACUGUGAGUGUGUACAAGCCAAAGAAUGAAAAUCGGAAAACCUUCCCAGUGGUGGUUGUUAUUCAUGGUGGUGCAUUUAUGUUCGGCGGUGCGGCUGAAGUGGGUCAUGAGAUGAUCCUGGCCCAUGGCAAUGUGAUUGUGGUUAAAAUCAGUUAUCGGCUUGGCCCACUCGGAUUCUUGAGCACCGGUGAUGCCGACUUGCCAGGUAAUUUUGGGCUGAAGGAUCAGCGACUGGCGUUGAAUUGGAUAAAGGAUAACAUUGCACGAUUCGGCGGAGAGCCAGAGAAUAUAUUGUUAUUUGGCCAAUCUGCUGGCGGUGCUUCAGUACACUUGCAGCUCCUUCAGCCGAAUAUUAAGCAACUGGCAAAGGCUGCCAUCUCUAUUAGUGGAAAUGCUUUAGAUCCCUGGGCUUUACUACAAGGGUAUAAACAAAGAGCAUUUGAGUUGGCAAAAUUUAUGGGUUGCGAGGAUAUUAACAGUUCCAACGAAAUAAAGAAAUGCUUGAAAUCGAAGGAACCCAAGGACAUUGUGUCUUCAGUUCGUAAUUUUCUCGUCAUUGGUUAUGUUCCGUUCGCCAUAUUUGGUCCAGUGGUGGAACCCGAAGAUGCGAUAGAUUCCUUUUUGACCCAACAUCCUGAGGAUAUUAUGAAGAAUUCCAACUUCGCGGAAAUUCCUUGGUUAAUAAGCUAUACAACAGAGGAUGGAGGAUUCAAUGCUGCUAUGUUACUGGAGAAACAACCCAAUGGGAAGGAGCUUAUAGAAGAGCUAAAUAAUCGAUGGAAGGAGCUGGCACCAGAUUUUCUUUUUUAUCGCCAGUCGAUGAACAGCGUUGAUGAAAUUGACAGUUAUAGUAAUAAUCUCAAAGAAAGAUAUUUGGGAAAUCGUAGCUUUAACCUAGAUACCUAUGGUGAUGUUGAGCGUAUCUUCACCGACAUUUUAUUCAAGAACAGUGUGGUGAAAUUAAUGGAUUUAUACAAAAAACAUGGAAAGAGUCCUUUUUAUGCAUACAUCUACGACUUUCCCUCGAAGAAAGGUCUAGCCCACUGGCUUUCUAGAAGGAAUGAUAUUAAUUUUGGAACUGUUCACUGCGACGAUUUCAUCCUGAUGUUUGGCCUACAACCAAACUCCUCGUUAACUUCUGAUGAGAGAACUGUAUCACAAUAUUUUAUACAAAUGAUUGAAGGAUUCGCACAGAGUUCAACUGGUGUCUUAAACUACGCAAACUGCAAGUUUAGGAACAAUCUGGAUCAUAAACAAAUUCAACUGCUUUCGAUAACACGUAGCGGCUGCGAGAAUCUUGAGAUCGACGUACUUCCUUGAAUUAUAGAAGGUGGUAAUAAUUUCACUAAAAUUCAUUAAAUUGUUCAUUUACAAUAA